CCAGAGACCCAGCACUGCCUACGCUCCCCUGUGCCAAGCAACAUUUGAUAGUGAACCUUCCGAUCUAUUCACGGUUUUUGUGGCCAUGACUGAACGUAUCACACCGCGUAUUCAUCGAUCAGCGCUUGUGCAACAAGAUUCCAUGCCAAUGAUUAUGCAAGGGAGAACCUCUCUGAGCUUCAUCGCCAGUUUGGGAUUUACAAAUUUGCAGCUCCUGCAGUCUCUUUUGGCCGUGGUCUUCUUGCUGCAUGCGGCAGACGGUGCAAUGCUACCGGGCAUUUUCAAGGCACUUGAAGAGGGCCUUGAAGCAACGCCCGUGACUUUGGGGAGCAUCAUUUUUGUGGAAGCUCUUUGCCAUAGCAUCGCUGUUCUAGUCUGGGGCAUUUUGGCCGACCGCUAUUGCAAGCUCACUUUGCUGAUGUAUGCGACACUGCUCUGGGGCUUCAUCACUGCAUUGACAGCCUUCGUGACCGGUGUUCGCGUUCUCUUCAUCGUGCGGGCUGCAGCAGGCACUGUUGGUGCAGCACUGGGACCUUUGUCCCAAGGCCUAAUUGGGGCCACCUGCCCAUCGGCUGAUCGAGGCCGGGCAUUCGGUUGGCUCAUUGCAUGCGGGCAGUUGGGCUUUAUGAUUGGAGUUUUGCUAGCUGGCGCCACUUCGCAUCUUCAGGUGAUCCAUGGCUGGAGGGGCACUUUCCUCCUGAUGGGAAUCUUUACGCUUAUUUUGAGCUGGAUUGUCUACAUGGCAAAAAUGGAGGUAACACGUGGCCUCUUUCAAGAGUCCCGCACUUGGGCACAGCUCUUAGCAGCUGCAAAGAAGGGAACUCCAGAUGGACAGCCUUUGAACGAUAUCUGGAAGGACUUUGGCUUCAUGCUGAGACGCCCAUCAUUUUGGGUGUUGAUCACUCAAGGUGCUUUCGCCAGUACCACCGUAAAGGCCAUGCAGUACCAGGUGAUGUGGUACCAAUACCUUGGCUUCAGCGAUCUAAGUGCAGCCAGCAUUGCCUGUGCAGCGCCGUUGGGCAGCAUUUUCGGUGCAGUUUGCGGUGGCCAUAUCGCGGAUUUCGUGGCCCAGCUAUGGCCCAGGCAUGGCCGCAUUCUGUUUGGUCAAGCCUCUGACUUCCUGAAGAUUUGGGUGCUUCUAUUGACAUUUGUAAUCACGGAGCCACCCAGGCCUACUGACUACCAGAUCUUUUUUCACAGGUCAGCCUUAAGCUUCAUGUUUGGCUUUCUUUCCAUCAUGUGCUAUGCCGGAGUGAUUAAGCCGCUUUAUGCGGAGAUUGUCCCUCCUCACAUGAUUGCCCAGGUAGUUGCAUUGGGAGCGGCAAUUGAUGGGGCAUUUGCCUCCAUUGCUAGCACACCAGUUGUGGGCUUUAUUACGCAGCACUUCUUUCAUUACAUCAGCACCAACAAGCCCAUCAAGAACAUGCCAACAGAGCUUCGCACCACGAAUGCUUUGGCUUUGGGCCGUUCCAUUGCAUGGGUGACCGUUUGCAGUGCCACCAUUGCCCUCAUUGUAUACAGCUUUCUGCAUUUGACUUACAGCAAGGACAUACGAGCAUCCAAGCGCAAGGAGGCAGAUUCACUUCCUGCUGUGGAGGACGGUGAUUCGUCCGCAGCUGAGAAGGAUGAAGAGGGUGGCAAACUUGUGAAGACCUCCAGUGGAAUUCACAAGACCGUGUCCUUCAACCUCCCAAUAUCCUCCUCAUGUGCUCAUUGAGCUUCUGACACGCCUGUCCUCGUAACGAGAGAUUUAUAGAGUAAAUCUUGACUGGAAGGUGCUCUUCUAAGAGUUGAAUCGAACUUGUGUACGUUUACUAAUAGUGC